UCUUGAACGCAGCCUGCGUAAUCGUCACUUCCGCUUUUGUUUUGCUCGUCGUAGCAGCAACCGGGAACGUGCAGGAGGUCUUGAACGUCCCACCCUGGUCCUCAUUGUGCAGCCGAGGAAACGUCGCGAGGUUCCGCCGACGUCGGUAUGAAAUGGCAGAAACUGCUUGUGUCACGGAAGCGCAAAGAUUAGGUUACGCCGAAGCCACACAUGUAUAUUGCCGGGACCCCGGUCUGUUAGUUUGAGGGGCCACCGAAGUCGCUCCGAAGAAGGAUUUAAACGUUGUUUUGUCUCCAUAAACCGCCCAGGUUGCGUCUCCGGCGGGCGGCGAACGAUCGGCGACUGCGGGUCGACGUUGUUGAAAUUAUCCGGAGAGGGAGGAAGAUUCGCAAUUGGGAAGAAUAUUGAUAACCCAACCUUAAAUUGUGCGGUGUCGUGCGUUCUCCAUUUGGAUGCUCGGCCACAGUCCAAGGCAAAACCAUGAACCGCAACAAGCGUGAAAAGGAAUACUACAGUAUAGAUGUGGGCGACUCGACUUUUAUGGUUUUAAAGCGCUACCAGAACCUCAGGCCCAUUGGGUCCGGAGCACAGGGAAUUGUCUGUUCGGCUUAUGACCACAACUUGGAGAGGAACGUCGCCAUCAAAAAGCUGAGCAGACCCUUUCAGAAUCAAACGCACGCCAAACGAGCCUACAGAGAAUUGGUGCUGAUGAAAUGUGUCAACCACAAGAAUAUAAUUGGUCUAUUGAAUGUAUUCACACCACAGAAGACACUGGAGGAGUUCCAAGAUGUAUAUCUCGUGAUGGAGUUGAUGGACGCCAACCUCUGCCAGGUGAUUCAGAUGGAGCUGGACCACGAGAGGCUGUCCUACCUGCUCUACCAGAUGCUGUGCGGAAUCAAACACUUGCACGCGGCUGGGAUCAUCCAUCGGGACCUGAAACCAAGUAACAUAGUGGUCAAGUCAGAUUGCACACUGAAGAUCUUGGACUUUGGCCUGGCCAGGACCGCCGCCACGGGGCUCCUCAUGACGCCCUAUGUGGUCACCCGUUACUACCGUGCCCCGGAGGUCAUCCUGGGCAUGGGCUACCAGGCUAAUGUUGAUGUCUGGUCUGUUGGCUGCAUCAUGGCCGAAAUGGUCCGGGGUAGUGUGUUGUUUCCCGGCACUGAUCAUAUUGACCAGUGGAAUAAGGUGAUCGAGCAGUUGGGGACGCCGUCUCAGGAGUUCUUGAUGAAACUCAACCAAUCGGUCCGGACCUACGUGGAGAACCGACCGCGCUACGCCGGCUACAGUUUCGAGAAGCUCUUCCCCGACGUUCUGUUCCCCGCAGACUCUGAACACAACAAACUCAAAGCAAGUCAAGCCCGAGACUUGCUGUCAAAGAUGCUGGUCAUCGACGCUUCCAAGCGGAUCUCCGUGGACGAGGCCCUGCAGCACUCUUACAUCAACGUGUGGUACGACCCCACCGAAGUGGAGGCGCCGCCGCCCACCAUCACAGACAAGCAGCUGGAUGAGCGGGAGCACACGGUGGAGGAGUGGAAAGAUUUGAUAUACAAAGAAGUCUUGGACUGGGAGGAGAGGACAAAAAAUGGCGUCGUCAGAGGACAGUCGGCAUCCAUUGGUGCAGCAGUGAGCGGUGACCCCCCGCAGCAGCAGCACCAGCACCCCGCCUCCACACGCUCCCCCGCCCAUGUCGCCUCUGCGCCUGAAGACGUCGAAACGGGCGGCGCGCCGGGCCGCCGCAGGUGACCAUCUGGUCAACCGCCUCCUAUUGUUCGUGACGGUCUCAAAAGACAGAUAUUUCUUUUUUCUUUUUUUUUUCUUCCCCCGCACCCCCCUCUCAAUGUUCUUUUGAGUAAACAAUCUCAAGGUAAGAGACAAUUUGAACGAUUUCACGACAAAGCGGUUUGUGACGACCUAAAUGUGUGUGGAAAAGCCCGUCAGGUCCUGCUCUGACAAGCUGUCUCGUGAACGUCCCAACGACUUUGUGAGUUUUGACACGAGAUAGUCGAUAGUUGCGCUCCCCUUGUCUGUUCUCCACAAUGAUUCAAGGCGUAAGGAACGUUGUUUUGAUGAAGUGGAACCUCCCAGUUAGAACACAAUCGGUGCCCAACUUCAGAGUUCAAAUUUUUCUCCCCCAUAGAAAAUCUUGUCAAGUCAAUCAAUUAUUUCUCUUCCUCAAACAGCGCCGUCUGUCCUAAACGUUUUAGGUAUCCGGCAAUGUUUGAAAAGCAAUAUUGAGUAUUGCGGCGACCAUCUUGUGGAGUCUUGGUGCCGAGGAACUGUGUUGACAUGAGUCGAGGAGCUUCAUUCCGUCAAAGGUCGCGCUCUGCUGUCAAUUUGCGGCGGGGUUCGGUCUCGCCCACGUCCCUGUGGUGAUUGAAAAGCCAAAAGAGAAAUAAAAAACAAAACCUACAUCCUUUGAGAUGUUCACGGGCGGUCGCAGAGUGUUGUUCAACUUGUGGAGGUUCCACCGACUGCUGUGGAGAAGGGCCUACAGUCAAACGGGUGGAAAUGUUGCAUGUGAAAAUGUUUCCGUUCAAAGGUUUUCAAGAUGUACAAUGUGACGACGACGCAAGUUAUUUUGGGGGCGUUGGGAGAAAGUGAAGAAAAAAAAAAAACAACAUCCUGUUAUUAGUAACUUUUAAUACUGUUGUGUGUUCAUGAUGUCCCUACAGAUGCGAGGCGAAAAAGUUGGAUGUUUAAACAGCAGUGCACCCAAAAAAAAGAAAACACGAAAAAAAAACAAUUCUCACUUGAUGCAAUAAUGUUGUCCUUUGAUGUGUUUGUACCCCAAGAGAAAAGUGCCUGUUGUACUGUAACAAUUCAUUGGUGUUGUUCUGAAGGCAUCUGGACAGUUAACAGUAGUUACCAUCAAGAAUCACUACUGUGUGGUUAAAAAA